AUGUUAUCAACGCCAAUGCAAUUCAAAAGUGCACAGCGUCUUGUGCAUGUGUCUCCUAGUCUUGUGAAAUCAUCGAGCGAACUUCUAAAACCUGAGGAACAACGGCUAGACCAGGAACCCAAUCUUCACAAAGAAACACCUCAAUCUCAGAUGAUAGUAGAGUCUACGCUACGUUUUCACACAAAAGACAGUUUGCAAGAAAUGGUCAGUUUAAAUCAGGGACCAGAUCAAAAAACCGAUUUACAACAGCAAUUUGAAGUUCCCAAGAAUACAUCUAAUAUAAAGCUGCAUAAAUCGCCCAAAGGUCCUUUUUCCCUUGAUAUCAAUGCAGAAAAUACCGAGAAAAAACCAAAUCAACUGGAGACCUUCAGUCCUGAUAAGGCGACACAUGCUACAAAACCGUAUAAUCUUCAUAGUCACCAAGUUGGACCUAACGAUUGUAAGCCUGGCGUCUGUGUGCCAGGCUUGAAUUUAAAAAUCGUCUUCGGUCACUUGGGAUUUACAAAGAAGAAGCGAAAGUUCUCACUACUGACAAAACCACGUCUACUAAGAAACAAUAUUCAUCACAUCCUUCUCAACCACAACCACUUGAUCGUAGAAGUAAGGAAACUGAAAAUUAUACGCCCAGAGAAUGUAAACCUGGAGCGUGCGUGCCAGGAGAAUGUGACCCGUCUGAGUGUCUUGAGAGAAACAAAAGACAAGGAGUCAGACGAAAGUCUCGAAAAAGUGGUACACGUAGGAGAAGAACUUCUCAAGUGUCAGUAG